GAAACUUCCGGUUUACUGUCUCUUUCAUUAGAGAACGUUGACUCUUUUGCAGCGGUCGUAAAGGACGGUGAAUAGACGGAAGUGAAAGUCAAGAAUUACUGUCUGCCUCAGUCCUGCUGGCAAAGCUCGGAUUCAGUAAGAGUGGGAAGAUUCCCCCCGCACCGCCCCGAAAAGAAAACCCCAACAAACCUUGCCGUGAUUCCGGGUGCAGCUGUUCUUGGUGAAGGGAAUCGUUUCUCACACCUGCACGACGAGCGUAAAAAGCACCAUGGAUGCACGCUUUACUCGUGGGAAGUCGGCUAUUCUUGAGCGGUCGCUCACCCGUCCAAAGACAGAUGUCAGUCUUAGUGCCUUUUCACUUCUCUUCUCUGAGAUUGUACAGUACUGUCAGAACCGGGUAUACUCUGUCUCAGAGCUUCAGAAUAAGCUUUCUGAACUUGGCCAGCAGGUGGGAGCCCGCAUCCUGGAUGUUCUAGUGAUGCGGGAGAAAAAUGGUAAGCGAGAAACUAAAGUCAUCAACAUCCUGCUCUUCAUCAAGGUGACUGUGUGGAAGGCGCUCUUUGGGAAAGAGGCUGAUAAGCUGGAACAAGCCAAUGACGAUGACAAGACCUACUACAUAAUUGAAAAGGAGCCGCUCAUCAACACGUACAUUUCAGUGCCCAAGGAGAACAGCACUCUUAACUGUGCCUCCUUCACAGCUGGUAUUGUGGAGGCCAUGCUCACCUGCAGUGGUUUCCCUGCUAAGGUCACAGCCCACUGGCACAAGGGCACUACCCUCAUGAUCAAAUUUGAUGAGUCAGUUAUAGCACGUGACAAAGCUCUGGAUGGCCGCUGAGCACAUGCUGUCUGAAUUAACCUGAAUUGCUCUGUAUAUAUGUACUCUAGCAGGAUUUUGAACUUGUUGCCCUGGCCAUGUUUGGGCUGCAUGUAGUGUGGGAAAAUCAGUCUAUUUCCUGUUGUUAUAUCUUGUACAUUAGUUCUGUCAUUGAGUCUUUCUUCAUCAGUGUCACUGAUUACGCAGGACUAUUUCAAUUUUCAGAGAUCUUCUCUGAUUGUGUUCUUAAACUUUGCAAGACUGAAUGUUGAACAGGCAGUGGAGAUGAUACUUUUUGCUGCCACAAUGUAUCUCAGCCUGUGAGCACGCUAAGCUUUGUGGACAUAUGUAUGAUUUAAGGCAUCUUUCUCUCCCACUGUCUUGUGUUUCUUUGUUGCUGAUCUUCCAAAUUUGCACCUAGAGAAUAGUUCUGAAGCAUGAAUGCGGAUGGUCUGUGUGCAUUUAGAAUGAUCUCAGAAGUUCUCACUGUCAUGUUUUUGUUGCUGCUGAGUUAGCCUCUUUGAGCUGUGAAAUAUUAUGGGAUUCUUGCUUCCAAGGAUAAGUUGGAACCAAAGCCAUUUUAUUCUGCUGACACUUGAUCAGCUGCUGUGAAGGCAUAAAAUCAACAGAGUUCUAAAUCUAGUACUUCCCUUCUCUCUGAAGUUAGGCUUGGAAGGUGCCAAGCAGUAUAUGUUUGACAGUUGAACCUUAGGAACAUUCCACGCUUAAGUCACAAUGAAUGUUUUGUUAUUUUAUUGUUAAAGGAACAAGAAAAUACCAAGACCGUAUGGUGGAAAGAAGCUUGCUUGCUGAGCUAUUUUUUAAAAAUAGUUUGAAAUUGUUCCAUUAAAUACAGUUAUUAUACUAAAGUUUCUGAAUUGUCUGUCCUUGUUGCUCUCCUAUCCAGUUAAUAAAAUGUUGAGUACCCAU